AUGCCUUUCAGGGGACCUGCCAAAGGAUACAUUGAAGCCUUGGAGCAUCGGCUGCAGGUGACGGAGAACGCCUUCUUGAAAUUGCUCGCACAAGUCUCGGACUCGCAAUUGUUGGAUGCAUUCCCCGAUGACGCAUCUUUCAAACAAGACAGCCCUCAUGGAUAUACGCCACUCGCAAGACUUGAGAAGCAAGGAAUCGAACACUGGCCACAAUUCCCCCUCGACACGGCGGACAACAUCCGACAAUGGCAGCACGUCUGCAUCGGCCCAGAGACGAGUGGCUCUAAGCGACGGGUCGUUGAUGCCGAUCGUUCUGCCAUUCAUCCAGCCCCUCAAGAUAGUCGAAAGAGGAAACAUGCAGCAUUCGAAGAGACGGACAGGCAAGUUUCGGGCACUAAUGGUCGGGUCUCUGGAAUACCUGGAUCUCACUGCGGGCUUGAAACACUGUCUUCGCCGAUUGCGUUUCACCGGAUCCAAGGGCACUCAUUGCUUCAUUCAGAGACUCAGAUUGAUCUUGAUCCAAAUAGAGAUGAGUCCAAUGAGGCUACAGGUGCCGAUGCAGCAGCCAAUGCAUCGAUGCAUGCAGAUGGAAAUGCCGCAGAGAAGAUCACCAGUUCCUGGGAGGGAGCACCCUCCCUCGACUUCCAACAGAAGUUUCUUUGGUGA